UUCCCUCUUUUCCACUUUUCGGUUUAUAUUGGACCGGACGUGCACACAUCAACUUUCGACCGAUUACUAUUCACACCUCUCCAACAACACCUCCAAACUUUCUUACACGCUUUUGUUACAACUUCUCCACUGAUUGAUUCCGAAUGCUCGAGAUUCGAUUCCGAAUUUCUUUCACCACUUCAAAGCAAACUUCUCAAGGUCAUUUCAUUGGCAUUGGUGAGAGAUAGUUAGAUACACUCUUCAUACUAAUAAUGUGGAAAAAAUUCGGCGAGUCUUUAUCAGGAGAUAAUGAAGAACAAGAGGAGAGCUUGUUGGGUGGGGAAUCAAGUAGCCUCUCUACAACACAGAGACUUUAUGGAUUUGCUGCUUGUUCGAUUGCUGGUCUCGCUUUAAUGUUACUGUCUAUGAUUGUUUUUGCCAAACCCAUCAAAUUUGCCAUAUUGUUCACCUUUGGCAACCUAUUAGCAGUUGGAAGUACAGCCUUUCUUCUUGGACCGGCACAACAAAUGGAAAUGAUGUUUGACCCUGUUCGUGUUUUUGCAACUUCCAUCUACCUUGGAUGUGUGGUUAUAGCACUUAUUUGUGCUCUCUUGAUCCAUAGUAAGGUGUUGACGUUACUUGCAAUCAUCGUUGAGAUUGGCGCACUUAUUUGGUAUAGCCUAAGUUAUAUCCCUUUUGCUCGAAGAAUGGUUUCCAAUUUGAUGAUCAAAUUAUGUGAUACAGAGCUCUAAACCAUGAAAAUAAAACCAAAGAUGUCUAGUGUGGUCUUGGAUUUUACUGACCGAUUUAUGGUGAAGUUGGUAUUUUGAGUGCUCAUGAAGCUUCUUGUUGGCCUUUAUUUGGAAUUCAUCGAGUAGAGUUGUUGUUUUCUCUCAUGGUUUGAAUACUUCACAACAUCCCCCCUCCUUCACUUAAACCCAAACCUACCACCAUUGUUUGCUCUGCUUCCCACAAAUUCACCACCAACUCUUAUGUUGUUUCUUUUACUAACUAUUCUCCAACAAGUUGAGCACUUGAAUUAUCCUUCUAUUUAUAACUUUCUCUCUUUCGAUUCGUCUAUCUGAGAACUAGAUUCAUGUUUGCUCUUAUUUUAAAGGUGAGAAAAGUUCAAUUUAUAUCUUCAUGUUUAGAUUUGUGGCAAGUAAGAAUCAUUUUUGCAACGACAUUGUCGUCUUGUUCACUUCAACCAUAAUUAUUAUUACUUGACAUUUUUGUUGAAUAGUAUUUAAAUAUCAUUAGAUAGAUCUAGUAUUUUGUGAUGUUUCGAGUUUUAUAUUGAGAAAUAUAAAUUUUUGUAUUAUGAAUAAAUAUUUUGAAAUUGGUGAACUA